AUGGCAAGUCAAGAUGGGAUUUCGCGCGGACUCAUGACUAUGAUGAGGUAUUUGGAUAGUUUCGGAAAGAGGAAGGCCGAGUGGACUCCAGAAGAGAUCCGCAAGGAUCAGAAGGCUCUUGCCCUAAUUCAGUUGCAUCUUCAUAAUUAUAUUUUGCAAGAGUGUCUGAAAGAGAAAACUGCUGCAGAACUAUGGCUGAAACUGGAAUCGAUCUGUAUGUCCAAGGAUCUAACCAGUAAGAUGCAGAUGACGAUGAAGCUGUUCACCCUGAAGAUGAAGGAGGAGGAUUCAGUGAUGAGCCACAUCGCUGAAUUCAAGAAGAUCGUCGCCGACCUAGUGUCGAUGGAGGUGAAGUAUGAUGAUGAGGACUUAGGUCUUUUACUGCUAUGUUCUUUGCCAAAUUCAGGAGAAGAUGAGAGGCAUGGUGAGAAUGACGGGACGUCGUCCUCCAAGGGCGAUGCUUUGCAUGUGAGAGGCGAAUCGAAAAGCAGAUCCUCCAAUGAUGGCAAUGAUGGAAGAAAGAAGAACUACGAAAGGAGAGGCCGUUCAAAGUCCAAGCCGCAUGGUAAUAAAAAGUUCUAUGUUUAUUGCAAGUGA